AAUCUCUUUACCAAGUCAGACAUGUGUUUACAUGGAACAUCAUCGUUUGCAGAAGGAUUUCAAAGUUUAAUUAAACCAGGCCUUUAUGUUACUCACGCAUAGUAUUUUGAAACUUUUACAUUGCGCCAACUGGACUGCUGUUAAUACCAGCUGAGCGGCAACAGACGUUUAAAAUUUAAUUAAACAUGCUGUCGUACAACCGUGCAACCUGGUGCCUGCUCGGGAAACAUAUGCGGAAUCUUUCAAUGCCGGUAGAGACCGAGGCCAACAGCUUGUUGCCGGCUUAUACAGAUGAGGAGCGCCAAAAGAUCUUGGAAACGAUCAACGACUCCAGCGUCGGUCAGAUGCUCAGCUACGACAUAACCAAGGGGCGAGCCAACAAACUGCACAACUGGAGGACGCGCAAUGGUCCACUUCGGGAUGUGAACGACAUCUUGUAUGUGGAGGGCUUUGGCUUGAAGGUGGCAACAAAGUUCUUCAGUAGCCUGCUGGAACCAGAGGGCGUCAGAAGGAGCAGCGAGGGAAAUGCCACCCAGAAGCCAAAGUCCACCCGAACUGCUCCCUUCAUCACUCCCGGCAUGGACGAGGGACAGCGUGUGCGGAUUGCGUCCAGCGUGGGAGUUCGCAUUGGUGUGACCAGUGUUAGUUGGGCACGAAUUGAGAUUGGAAAGAAUGACAAUGAUCCCUGCCUCCUCACCCACUGGCAGCAUCACGAGCUAAACGACAAGAAGCUGCACUUGGCCGAGCUGGCCCGACGCUGCCUCUACGUGACCCACCAAAUGCCGCAGGCAGAUUGCUAUGUUCUAGAAAAUCCACAGAUGGCCCAGGCCAGCAGCAAUCCAGGCAGCAUCGAUCAGCAGAAUGUGAACAUCCAGAAGUCCCAAGUGACGGCCAUAUUGAGCUAUGCCCUGUUGUCCCGGGCCGAUCCAGACGAGACCAAGUGCAACAACCUCUACUACAUGCGGCGCUUUCUAACAGCACGACUCUUCAACCACUUGGUGGGCACAGAGAGGGUCUCCUCGGAGGAAACAAUUCUCUCCAUGAUGCGCACCCACUACAACAUGGACGAUCAGACGGAGAAGACACUGCAGGCACACGCAGGAAUACGCAGUCAGAUGCAGUUCCCUGCAGACUUGAGAAAUAUGUUCUCGCAACUGGAACGCUACCAGCGUGAGUUGCUGGGUCAGGCUUUUCUGCUUAACCUGGCAUUCGCACGACUCGUUCUCCUGCAGGAUCCGUUGAGCAUUUCAACUGUUUCGCGCAGCCCAAAGAGUUCCCUCCUUCCCAGUGCCGAUGGCUGUGAGGCAAUUGUUCAAUAGUCGAUGAUAUAUAUGUAUUUGUUGAUUGAAUUGUUGGCUAUUCCUACAUAAUAAAUGUUAUUCUCUUCGCAGAAGGGUCGUGUUAUAAGAAAAAAGAUUGCUUGC